AUGCAGGGAGAUGUCAGUGAUGACGAGAUCUCCCUGACUUCCACAGCCCCAAGUGAAGCACAGGACGAAUAUGAACUGGAAUGUGUUUUAGCCCAGCGGACCUUCCCAACUGGGGAAAAAUACCUUGUAAAAUGGGCCGGAUACCCGCUGGAAAGAUCUACUUGGGAGUCUGAAGAUAUGUUCUGUGAUCCUGAAACCCUGGUUGAAUGGGCCCAAAAAUUGGAAUCUAUUUCUCGAGGAGAAGAGCCAGCGUUUGACCUUGAAGCACUUGAGCACCGGUGCCUGGAACUUGAGCGGGCCGCGAGCAUACGGAGAGAAAAGAGGAGGAACAAGCGGAAAAGACUCGGCUAUAAAGUGCCCUCCGAUGACAACGAUACAGACGGUUUUGAUUUCGUCGUUCCCGAUGGUGAUGUCGAGUACAUCAGUAGCAGCUCAGAAAAUGAAAAGCUUAUGGACAAGAGAUCGCGGCUUAACGAAACGGGAAAGACCUCUGCCAGCUCCUGCCCCCGAACCGCACUAUAUAAAAGCACAAACUCUGCAGCCAAGAUGAACAGCCAAACAAGUCGGCCCAAGCCAAAAACGAACACCUCGUCAGCAAUCAUGCGGCUACCACCUGCUGUUGAUAAAGCAAGAAUUUUCAAGGGCCAAAAGGCUCGGAAAUCUCUCCUGUCUGCGAUAUCUUCUAAACCGACCGGUGACCUAUUCGCCAAGCUCUCGACCCAAAGAAGAUGGGAAAAGGCACUACGGCGCGAAAGAACUCCAGACAUGAACCAACUGGAGCUUCGAACGCCUCAAGCCUGGUUGCACUCGCAACAAAAGUCGGGCUCACCACCUCAUCCUGCAGUCAAUGAUACAGACUCUACAUAUAGCCUAUUUGUUGAGCAAGACGGUGAUUAUAUAUCGACCGCACGAUCAAAAACAGCCAAUACUACUCCGAAAGAACGUCAAAUCGAACCUUCUACACGGAAGCCGUCCUAUGAUCGAUCUGCUGUUCGACACCAGUCACCUGUCGGCCCAGCCCCAACGGCCAAUCCUAGCUCGAGGCAGAGUUUUUCAACGUCAAAUCGCCUACCUCCCAUGCGCCCAGGUCGAUUCUGGAAUCCCGGCGAGGUGCUUGUGUCGUUAUCCUUCGGCGCCAUACACAAAGAUAUCGGUGAUGUGCGCAUUUGUGGUCUUAACGCAGCGACGAUAGGCCAGCUUCUCAGACUCAGAAUGAAGAGAAUUAUCCAGCUAAAUUUCAAAGAUGUUUGUACCAUUGAUGAAUAUCAUCUACUAUGUGAUCGCAGGAUCAAUAGAAAAUAUUCAACAGCCUGGGCAUUCGGGUUUGACGAUACUUCUAAAGAGUUGACGGCUGUGGCUGAUUAUCUACGUCAAAAUGAUCUAGCUGCCAUAUGGCGCCAUCCUAUCGAUGAUAUUCAGACUGUCUUCAUUGCAUACCCAUCCAGUUCGACUCAUUGGAGCUUUUUUGAUGCUGGGGUAGAAUUUCCACCCAAUGCAAACCUCAGAAUCGUUGCUAGAAGCUAUCUUCCCCCAGUAAACACGGUUCGCCAAACCACACUUUCAAGUGUCACAAAAGAGAACCAAUAUAUUCGGAGUCCUUUAAUAGUCAACCCGCAUGAACUUAUUGUAACUGACGAUAACCCACCUCUACCUGAAUUCGGGGCAUCAACUACCACCACCUCUUUACUAAAGAACUCCCUUGAUCUGGAUAUUGUUACUGUUUUUCGCGAUCGUUGGAACAUCACGUUUCAAGAAUUAAGUCGGGUUAACUCCCCAAUGAAAGAUAAUUACGCCCGAGCUUUUUAUCUUUUCUUUCCGCCCGAGGUAGAAGAAGAGUUUCAGCUCAUGUUAAUGUUUUUAAAAAGGCAUACACAAGCUAUUUUCUCUAGUCGACUCGAAGGGGAUUGGGAGCGUUUUACUGACUCUGUCACGACUGGAACUGUUCUUUUUCAUCAAUCUCAUAUCUGGUAUGAAUUUAUGCCAGGGCUCCACAAGCUCUUACGAAAGUACAUCAAUGUUUUUAAUGUCAGUCUCGCCACCCCGAUUAAAAACCUCAAUUAUGAAACCAAUUUGCAACGACUCUUUCCCCAUGGGGGUGUUAUUCUCCUGACACAAGACUACAUGGUUUUUGAACCCGCCGCAGCGUUGAAAAUAAUGAAAUGGUUUGGGCCGUACCUUAGCCAAAAGUACCCCGGGACCUGGAAAUUGUUCUUUCGGCCAAGUGUACGAAGGUGGCUUUCUAGGAUCUUUGAUAAAUGGCCUGAUGAUACGAUGUAUCAAAUCUACUGCAUCAUAGAGCACAUGAUUCCAGAAAAGAGCCACUGCAAUGUAUACCAUGAAAGCUCGCCCGACUCGCUUGAUGGAGAAACUGAUGAUGAGGGUCAAAGUCACCCCUUUGUCUCACCGCGCUCCAUUCCUCGUUAUGGUUCACGCACCGAGAAUGAACAUGAAGAUAUACCAAAGGGCCUGUCCCAAGACGAACGAAAUACCGACCAUCUUGUUGAAUAUUUUGCAGGAUGGGCUAUUUGCAAUUGCCAUAAAUUCAGAAAAUUUGUUGUUUUAUCACACUAUAAACCACAACCAAGGUGGAAGAAAUGGCAGCAUGUAAGUAUCGUGCCCUUUACAUUACCAAAAAAUAGCUUGAAAACUGAUAGCAGAGUGUACUAG